AAGCAUGUUCUUCUGGCCCAGGUCCGACUGUAUUCGUGUUGGCUGAAGACCCGGCGGCGGCUCUCGGCGCCCGCGCGUUCCGCGCGAUGCCAGUGGCAGCUCGCGAGAGGCGGUGGGCGUUCGCGGCGAUGCCAUGACAGCCCCGCCUGCGGCUGCCUCGGGUGCUGGCGCAUCCCGCCUUGCGCAGGGCGUAGUGGCCAACGGCGUCGGGGUGAAAGGUGCUCCGGCGCAGCGCUCGCCGGCGGCCGGGGGUCAGCGCGCCCCGCGCUCGGCGCGGGCCGCCGCGUCGGCGGCGGAGCCCCCGACGCAGAGAGGCUACUGGGAGGUGGGGCACUGCUCGUGGGCCGUGCACAGGGCGCGCGGCGAGCGGCCGGCGGUCGGGCCGCGGGGCUGGAGGAGCGACCUCGGCGCUGGCGAGCAGAGCCCCUGGUGGUGCGGCGAGCGGCAGGCUGCGGUGCGGAGGCUGGCCCGGACGCUGCGGGAUGCCGGGCGUCCCGCCGAGGGGGAGGGGAAAGGGAAAGAAGUCGCACGCCCUCCCGGGCGAGUCCGGUAAGGCGCAGGUGAUGCCUGCGGUCUGCGCGCGGCUGGUGAGCUGCGCUCGCUGUUCGCCCGCUGGCCCUGGCACAACCUGCUUCCGCCCCCGACGUGUAGCCUCACCUCAGUGUGGGCAGGGUGUUCGUUGCGAGCUCAGUUUCCCAGGCGGGCUCUGCUCAAGAUUCGCAGUCGUGUCG